AUGUCGCGAGCUGACGAGGUGGUGCUGCGCGUGCGGGCGUACGGGCAGCAGGGCGUGGAGUUCGCGCUGUCUGGGCCCAAGUCCAACGAGAGGAGAGGGCAAGCUACAUGGUGGCUGAUUUCAGCGUUGGUCCUGAGCUCGGGGGCUCUGCUAUCGUCUGUUGAGUGGGGUGUAUCAUCCCCCUCAUCGGUUCUGGUGCUGGGUCUGGUGCUGGCUGCAUUGGCCGUUUGGGUCUUCCAGGCGACAGGCAACGUCAUAGUCGAAGAGUCGAUGCUGGUGGUGCCGGCGCUUGGGGUCAAGUUGAGCAAGAAGCGACGCAACGGAGCAGUCACCAGCAAGUUUGUGGACGUGGAGAAGAUCUGCGGCGUGGCGGUGAAUGAAGCCAUCACGUUUUCCAACGUCGUGUACUCGUUGGUGCUCAUGGUGGAGGGGCAGAGCGACAUGGUGCUGCCGUUUGAGACGUUCCGGCCUCGGGUGACGAUGUUGCAGGAGAUUUACCAGGAGACGAAGACGUUGCUGUUCCCCAACGGUGGUGACCGGAAAAUGCGACUGCCUCGUGAAGUAGCGCCCAAGCCGUGGUGA